AAAAGCCCCUGCUACCUUGCCUGCCUGCCAAAUUAUGUCCGAUCAGUUGCAACAAGAAAUCAAGCUUCUCAAUGAACAGAACCAGCAGCUCCAACAAGAACUAGCACAACUGCAAAAGGAAAAGCAGCAGUGGCGCCAAGCCCAUGCCCAGGCCGAGGACCUUGAAGCCCUCGCGGACCAGCUUCACCAAGAGUCCAGCUCGCUCGAAGGUGAAGCUGCUCGUCUGAGAAAGCUCAAUGCCGAGCUCGAGCGGGUCCUCACUCGCGAACGCGCCGAGCAUGCCGAGGAACGAAACAAGUGGUCGGAGAAGGAGAGCGAACUCCAGAAGGCUGCCCGCGAGCACUACCGCAAGCUCAAAGAGAUGCGGGAAGCCCUGGCGGUCCACGAGAAGCUUGCCAGCGUCGCUACCAAAGAAGCGCCCGCUCCCGUCGCCAACAACAAGCUGAACGUCUCGGUCUUUGAGCUCCAGCAAGAAAACUCCAAGCAGCGUCUGACGAUCGAAGAGCUGACGUACCGCCUGCAGACCCGCGAGUACCAGCUCCGUCGCCAGGACGAGGAGAUUGCCCAGCUCCAGCAAACCGUCAGUGCUCUUAUGGACGAGCUCGAGUCCCGCGACGAGCACGCCCAGCACUCGGACACCUCCUUUGAGGGCGGCAUCGAUCUCGACGCCGAGCUCAACCACGGCACCUACAUCCGCUCUCCUCCAAAGUCCAUUCCCGGCUCGCCCAACAUGGGCUCGGCCUCGCCGCCCCUGCCAUCGGUCUCCAACUUCCCGAGCCAGCGCCCCGACAUUCCUACCGAUGCCAAGGUGCUCUACGACGAGCAGAACCCCAGCCUCGGCAACCUCGCCGACGAACUCGCCCGCUUCGACAGCCAGUUCGAAGCCUCGAGCUUCGGCACCAUCGCCGACGAGCUUGGCCGCCUGGGCGAGAAGGCCCCCACCACUGGCCUGCAGCCCCCGUCCCCGACCCAGGACAUCCACUUGCUCGGCGACGGCACCCUCAAGUCCCGCCUUGCUGCCCUUGGCCUCAACACCGAAGGCAACCGCAAGAUCCUGCGCAAACGCCUUGAACGCUACAUCAAGAAGAAGGCCCAGAAGUCCAAGGUUGUUCCCACUGCCUAAGUUAUUCGCGUCCGUCCUGCCGUAGCCCGGUCUCUCGUCCGCCCUGUCGAUGUCGCGCCGUCCAACGACCCCCCUGCUAUCCGAGCCGGCACACAUCUUUGUGUCGGUGUUGGGCUGCUGCCCCACUGCUCCCUCUCCCUGAAGCUUUGAUCGACCUCUCUCGUGCUACGCGAUGCGCCAAUCACCUGGCCCAUCUCUCGGACUCCUUUCGUAUAUAUUUUCCCAAGCUUUUUCUUCAUCCGUGCCCGGCGCCCGCAACACCAUGAAAUCACACGCUCCCGUCGAGAAAACCAGAAAAAAAGUCACAGCCCACACUCGUCCCCAGCUCGCUCACGUAGAUCCGUCCUCUCACCCGCCUCCACACAAUCCCUCUCGCUCGCUCGCUCAACCACUCACUCCCGACCUCGAUCCCGCCCUGGUUUGG